AUGAUAUUAGUGAUUCCAUACAGUGAUCCACAGGUAGGGUGGGGAAAAGUAACUAACUAUAGGAAAGCUUGGUCAAUUCCGGAUUUUUCCGGGUCGUUUCCAAAUUGGUCUUAUUUACUAGUGAGAAAAAUAUAUAAGUCCAUCAACGGUAAAGUAGGUCAAGUUAAUGAUAGACCAGGAAAAUCGACCGACCAGGAGGAUCAAACAUCACGCGUUGGUCAUGAACAAUUUAAGUUUUACCCGGAUGCUCCUAAAACAAAUAAAACCCCCGAGAAAACCAUUCAACCGUCAACAUCCUUCAAUCCCUCCAAAACACCUUCCUCACCCUUAAAUCUUGAAGAUAUCUUCCCUUUAUUUUCUUCUAUUCUCGAGAUACAGUUCAUCAUGGCCCACGAGAUCAAUUACGCAUGGCAAUGGGGGGAGUUGAAGUCAAAGAAAGGUCAACCGGUGACCAAUGAAAUAAAAAAUAUCAUUCAUAAAUUUAACCGAGAUGAUAUUUUUAAAUCAACGAAAUAUACCAGCCAAAUGUUAUUCCAAGGAUUCUACCCAAGAAACAACCAACAAAGGGUCAGGAGGCCACCGAACCCCUUCUUAAUAUUCCGAACCAUACUCGGCUUAGUGGCAAACGAUAAUAAUGUUUCAAUCGGAGACGGCAUUUCUUGCAGCGUCUUGGCUGGAGUGAUAUGGAGUAACGCGACGUCAGAAGAAAAAUCCAGAAUUCAAAUGAUCUUCAAAGAGAUAAAGAUGAUUCACGACCAAAAGUUUCCAAACUACCAAUACCGACCGGAGAGAGGCAAUGCGACAAAUGACAGGUUCUCGAAUAAGACUGCCAGAGAUUUCGAGAAUCACGGCGUUCUCUUCACCCCUACUUCGACGGCCGUGUACAGUCAAGGACCACAGCCAUCCUACAUCAACCCCUUGCCGUCACCUGUUCCGUCCAUUGCAGUAAAUUGUCCACCCAUGCCAACGAACAACCAUAUGUUGGAUGGAUUACUCGACAUCACAAGAUAUUAUUAA